AUGCGGCAGAUUACUCUAGAUGGGCUACAACGUAAUCCAGCUAAUUCUUGGAAUCACAAUACCUUCCUUCAGCUGCACGAUUUGACACAGCAGGUAAUGACUGUCAGCAAGACAUCUGUUUGGGCUGAUAGUGAGAACCCAAGUCAAGAUUUUGAUCCGGCUGACCCCACCCAGAAAUAUAUCCCACCUAGGCCUCCCAGGACUGACCGAGGUGGGUUCCAGUUAGGGAGUGCGAGGAUGAGAAAACCUGUGGCCACCCAGGAUACUGGCGGGUCAUCUUCUACCCCGCAUGUAUCUCCUUACCGUCCAGCAUCGCCACACCACCAUCCCUCUCCUCCUUUUGAGAAAAUGCAUUUUGAUUCAGAUUUUAUUAAUCUAGAUCCUAAUGCGGGGGGUUUCCUUGAGACUAGUUACGAGGGUGGUCAUCACAGUCAGCAUCUAAGCGGUGACCAUAUCCAUAAUGAUCCGGAGGAUGAUCAGGAUCAUGAGGAUAAUCGGGAUCAGGAGCAUGAUGAUGAGAGCACCAAUGAUUCUGAUGAUGCUGAGCAUUCCUCUCAUGAUCAUGAUGAGGGCGCUGAUCAGGGUGAGGGCUCGAGCCAGUGCCCGAGACAGGGCCCCAGUGAUGGUACCAUGCCUAUUACACCGCUUGCUUUGGGUCACCAAAAGAUCAUUGUUAGAAGGAAGUGUGGUUUUACCAAGUUUAGCAGGACUAAUUAUGUUAGAUGGAAGCAAGAAAACAUAAUUGUUCCUUAUGGUGUCAAUGCCAAGUUUCUUGGCUGCCAUGCACCAUUGGCUAACCGUCAACCUGGAAGAGCCUUCUUGGAAGCAACCUCUUAA